AUGACAGCUUGGCCUUACUCGACUCAGGGUGGGUCAGGGAACGUCUUGCACAUUGAGGUGAAGACAGUCACAAAGGUUGGCAGCAGCAUCUACCUGAACCUUGUCACAGGACAUCAGAAUUCUGAAGCCGAGAAAUGGAUCACUCACUUCACCAUCCUGGUCCUGAGUAAGGGCCGGAUUGUGCAUGCCAAACAUCAGUCAAAAAGUGACCACACCAUAACCACUAUUGAUGUGACUUCAGAAAUGCUGCCCUCCUGCAUCCUGGCUUUUUAUUUACUGCCUGGGGGAACAGGUCAGGAUCCUGAACUGGUGGCCGACUCCGUGUGGGUUGGUGUGAAUGACAAAUGCAUGGGGACGCUGAAGGUUGGUUUGAAGAAAGAAAGACCCUUCCAGACUUUGAGGCUCAACAGCCAGGUGGAAGUGAAGGUGACAGGUGAUGAAGAGGCCACAGUGGGGUUGGUGGCCGUGGACAAGGCUGUCUAUGUCUUAAACAGCAAACACAAGCUCACACAGAAGAAGGUCUGGGAUGUGGUGGAAGAAGAUGACAUUGGCUGUACGGCAGGCAGUGGGAAAGACGGACUUGCUGUGUUCAAGGAUGCUGGAUUGGACCUGAAGAUGAGCACGGGGAUGCACACCCCAGCAAGCUCAGACUGGCAGUGUCCUCAGAGCCCCCCUGCCAGUCGUCACCGCCGCUCCUUGAAAUGGCUGGAGACCAAAAGGAAUGCAGGACUUGGAAUUGACAUCUUCCUGGAGGACCAGCCUAUCCGAACCUUGUUCCCUGAGAGUUGGCUCUGGAUGAAGUUUAAACUGCCGAAAAGUACAUCAGGAGACAUCUCCCACUACAGCACUCUUGUGAAUGUGCCAGAUUCCAUCACCACAUGGCAGCUGGUGGCUGUCAGCCUCAAGCCUGGACAAGGGCUCUGCAUCUCAGACCCCUUUGAGCUGACAGUUAAGAAAUCAUUCUUUGUGGAUCUCAAGUUGCCCUCCUCCGUGGUCAGGAAUGAGCAGGUCCAGAUCCAAGCUGUGCUGUACAAUUUCAGGAUGGAGCAGGUCAAGGUCCGUGUGGAGUUCCCCCACAAGGAGGCGCUGUGCAGCGCAUCCAAGCCAGAAGCCCCUUCCCGCCGGGGGGCGGGAGGGCAGAUACAGCAAAUAUCCCAUAGCAUCCUCCUGAACCCCCAAGGUCAAACCCAGAUGGAAGUGGUGCCAAAACAGAACUUUUUGAACAUGGUGCCCAAUACAGAGGCAGAAGUGUUUGUCAGUGUCCAAGGUUACACCCACAUGCUGACCCACCGGAGUGCACAUGGCACCUACCACAUCAGCAACGGACACCCGGGAAGCACCUGGCUCACGAGCUACGUGUUCCCGGUCUUUGCCCUGGCCUACUCUAUCAUGACAACCAGCACGUUUGAUCUGCAUUCUCUCUGUGCCACUGCCAACUGGAUCAUCACCAAGAGGCAGGCAGAGGAUGGGCACUUCUUGGAGAAUGGCCCUGUGAUCAUGGCAUCAAUGCGGGGUGGCUACCGAGGCUCUGAAGCAGACAUAUCCCUCACAGCUCUUGUCCUGAUUGCCCUGGAUGAGGGGAGGUACGUGUGCAGCCAGGAGAUACCGAAUUUGCCUGCCAGCAUGGAGCAAGCCCGUAGCUUUCUGGAGGAACGCCUUCCCAAAAUUAAUACAACCUUUGCCAUAGCCAUAGUCUCCUAUGCUCUGGCCCUCACCAACAGCCCCCGAGCCCAUGACCGCCUGGACGGCUUUGCCAGCCAUGACUACUGUGGUGGCCCUUGAAGCCCUCACCCACUUCCGCGAAGCUGUCCCUUUCGAUGGUGUCCAGGAUCUCCGCGUCCAGAUAAGCGUCCCCGAGAAAGCCUUGGACUUGGAGUGGAUCAUCGAUCGGAACAAUGCCUACCAGCAGCGGUCAGCAAAGUUCUCUGCCCAGGAUGACCUAGAGAUCAAAGCCAGUGGCAGUGGGAGAGGCAAAAUCUCGAUCCUGACCAUGUACCACAAGGUUCCCAGAGUCUGGGGAGGGCACCUGCAACCUGCACCACCUGAAUGUGACUCUCUGUAGUACCUUGGAAG